GUCUCUCCUUCACUGCGCGUGAGAAAGCUCGGCUGGUUUUGUGCUGUACUGUUUGUUUUCUAUGCCCGAAAAAAAGUCCUGAGAGAAACUUAUCGGCCUCACAAACGAUUAGAAGUCAGACGUUUUCACGGCCUGUGGGUGAGAUAAAGAGGACGGAGCUGAAAGACUUGCUUCACCCGAUGAGCUCAGAGUGGAGAUCUCCAGCCCUAUCCCAUGCAGGAUUAUUAAACAUUAAAACAGCGUCCCAGCUGUCUGACAUCAUGAGGGGAAAGAGGCUGAAGAGCUGAGCCAGCGAAAGAGAAAUCUCAGGAUAGAGAGAAUAAACAGGAAAACUUUCAGCAUCUCCCCAUAACAGUACCAAAGUCUGCUGUCAUCAUUCUGUCACAGGGGCGUCCCAUAACAGGUGCGGUUUGGUGUCCCGUGCGUGACUAUUGUACCUGACGCUGCUUUGACUGACGGCCGCUGUCGGUGCCAGAACUGUUCAUGUAGCCAGGAAUGUUUGUGAGGUGUUCCUCGAGGAUGGCCGUCCCCACAGCUGUGUACAUCGUCAUUGCUUCCGAGUUCCUUUUGUCCGUUGUGAGAUGUGACAGCAUCAACUUCUACAAUAUCAGGCCUCCUGUGGAUGCAACUCCAUACCCCAAGAGCUUCAAGUGCUUCACAUGUGAGCAGGCCUUGGACAACUACAACUGUAAUCGCUGGGCUGAAGACAAGUGGUGUCCGCAGAACACGCAGUUCUGUAUGACUGUACAUCACUUCAGUCGUCAUGGGAAAACCAAGUUUGUGACUAAAAGGUGCGCCACAUGGGAGGACUGCAACUCAGCAGGCUGCCGACAUCACGGAAACACACACCACACAGAGUGUGUAUCGUGCUGUGAGGGCAUGGCUUGUAACGUGGAGGUGCCAACUAAUCACACUAACGCAGUGUUCAUGCGGAGUCAAGCCUACAGCUCUGCUGCCCCCAGUAGCAUGAAGUGGAGUUACCUGCUCCUCAUCAUUCCUGCUCUAUCAGCAUUACUACUUUUGGGACAGUAACCGGAAGAACCUGCGUGUACUGCACUAAUCAAAAGGGCCGAGGAGUCCUCACCAUGGAGCAAGCUGGAUUAUCAGCAAAGCCAGUCAACUUUUCAAGUUGGCCACCAGGAAAAAAACUUUCUAGAAUGCCGGAAAAGGUCAUGGCUUGGCUUUGUAACGGACAUGUGGAUGUUCCAGUGUGGAUAUUCCAAUAUGGGAUAUUGGUGAUACCAGCCAGUCAGCUUUUUGAGUUCAAGAAUGCUGGGAAAAUUCCGGUAAAAAUAUCAGCUGUGCCAGUCAGUCAGCUUUUCUGAGUCGGUCAUGAGGACAAAAGCUUUUAAGAAUGGUGGAAAAAGUCAGUGACGGACACAUGGACGAUCCAGUAUAGACAUUCAAGUUGGAAGUGAGGACAAAAGCCUCUAGGAAGGCCGGAAAAAUCUCAUCUUGUGAUGGACAUAUGGACGUGGCCAAUGGAAAACAGAGGCGGUCCCACUGACCUGAGGAUUUUGCCAAUGGACGCAGGCGUCCAAACCAUGAAAUCAAGCAAAGAGGCUUCGCCAAUGGAAUCACAGACUUUGUCAAUGACAAGUGGUUGCCAAUGACAUGCUAAGUAGGACAGGAAAAAGGAAGCAAAUUAUUUAGCUGUGAGGGGAGUGGAUUCCCCUCUGUAAUGCUUCAUUGGGUCUGUAUUGACCACACUGAAGGGUUUCUGGAGGUGGGGCAGCCUCCUCCGGUGGCUCUGAGCCCAGAUACCGUCCAGAUAGUCCAGCAAGUAGAUGCUGAAUGUAUCGUCAUAGCUUUCUAAAUGCAGAAUUCUCCAGAAGAAGGGUUGGUACCCCAAGUCAGUAGACGGUUUAACAUUCAGCAGUGUAGACUUAGACACUUCCUGUCCUUAGACAAUGAUGUCUUAACAUCCAGCAAUGACAUUUUUCUUCAAAAGCACUGCAAAAAGAAGACAGUUGAUGUACUGUGGUACCGGUGAAGCAUUGAAUAAGAAGAAAUUGUACUUUUAUCAUGCACUGAAUGUCUGCAGUUCUAACCAAAAAU